AUGACAUAAUAAUACAUAACUUUCAAGAUCAUAUCAAAAAAAAAUUUAAACUAAUAGAUUUAGUUGACUAAAUCAGCUAAAAUGAAAUAAAACAUAUAGAUUAAAGCUAUCACUUUGUAUAAAAGGCUUAGGAGUUGCUUUUAAGAUAUAUUUUAGUUCUAAUAUCCUUUUCCUUAGAAAUAUUAUGCUGAAAAUUAAAUUCCUUUCUUUUCUGAAAGUGUUAAUCUCUCUGACAAUGUUAAUUUCUUGAUAGAAACUAUUUAUGAAACUAUAUUACUUAGAAAUAAAUACAAAGGAACGUUUUAUUAUCAAAAAAAUCAACAAAUUUUUGUUAAAGCUUAUAAAACAAACAAAUAAAUUGAAAAAAUUAAAAAUUUUGUUGCUAAAAUAGAACCUCUAAGAUUUAAAAAGAAAAAUGGUGUUUACGAGUUCUUAAAUAAAAAUUGCUUGAGUUUAAUAAUGAGCUUUUUAGAUAUCAAAUCAGUUCUAAAUUUAAAACUUUCAUCUAAAAAAAUGAGCUAAUUGGUAGAUAUUGCUUCUAAAGGCCUUAUUGAAAAUCUAAACUUUAAGAAAGAAGAGCUCAUGAUUCAGUAAAAUAUGGAUGAGCAAGAAUUUGAAAAAAAUACAAUUUUUCUCAACUAUUAUCUUUUAUCAGAAAAAAUAUAAAGUUAGUUCUUAUUUAAAAUUAAUUGA